UCUGUUGAUGGAACACGGAUUUGUUUACGGUUGGCACCAUAGAAACAGCUUUUUUGUGUGUGUGUAGCUUUUAGCAGUUAGCUACAGCUACGUUUCAUUUACGGUGACUGUCCAAACUGAAAAUAACUCACAGUGGUGGUCGAGUGGCGCGCUGCAUAACCAUGGAGCCGGCCUGCCGUAAAGACAAGUCGAAGCUGAACUCCACUCCGACCAGAGGAGACAGAACCAAACAGAAAUCAGCACAGCAAGAGCAGAAACAGAGGCAGAGAGCAGAGAUUUAUGCCUUGAACAAAGUGAUGACAGAGCUGGAGCAGCAGCAGUUUGAGGCCUUCUGCAAGCAGAUGCAGUCACAAGGAGAAUGAGUUCUGCCAAUUUUACCAUUUUUAGCCAUUUGCAAACCACUGUGUUCCC